AUCAAACUAUUUUGUCGGGUUCCUUAAUUGGGACUUUUUUCAAUGUCAAGAGGUAAUUUUUUUUAAUGUUGUGUGUGUGAAAACCCCCAAAUGACUUCGGAAUAAACACUGUGUAAAUUACUUCAAGGGAAGUAUGAAUUAUUUUUGGUGAAGCUUUUGGUACCAACUACUUGCUGAAAAAAAUAAUGAAAGUGACGUUUCAAAGAUGUCUGCGCCCAUCGGGGCAUGUCACGUCGGGUGUCGCGCGCGCCUGCGCCUGUUGACCACAAAUCCUCCUGCUGUCCUGUCAUGCCUGUACUAGUUGUUGUUGACAAAGUCCACAUUAUCAGUUAUUAACAUGUCAGGGUUUCAGCGAGUAGUAAGUAAAGACACGGCGGAGAAAUUCUACUUGAAAGUAGCCUUGGAAUUUGAGAACCCAGAUACUCGCAUUGACAGCGUGCAAUUCAGGGCUCUUGUGUCCAAGGCUCUGCAUCAACUGUAUGGUGAGACUGGUGCCUCCAUCCCAGUUGACAUUCUACGAUUCCAGGAUGAUACAAUGGAAGCUAUACUCAGGGUAUCAGGCAGAUCACUGGUGAAAGUAUGGAGUGCCUUGACUCUUCUGGGUGAAUAUGCACAAGAGGAAUGUGCAAUCAGAGUAACGCAGGUCUCACCCCAUCUUCUUGCCUUGGCAGUUGACAGCCGGCACUUCUUCCAAAAUUUGCCAAGCUGAACUUUCCAUGAACAGGUACUUCAUUUGUGAACUUAAAAAAAAAAGAAAAGGGACAUGCACAAGUAGUAAUAUUCAGACGUGGAGCCCAGUCUUUACUAGCUAUCCUUUUUCAAGUAAUCAAAUGACGAGCUAUUCACUGAACUUUACAAGGCAUUCCUGUGUCUAGUUUUACAAAUAAUGAAUGUUUACGAGUGCAGUGGUAAGAAUGAUUUCAUGACAUUAUGAAAAUUAUUCUUUCCAUUGCACGAAUGAAAUUAUUCUUUCCAUUGUACGAAUGUGAAACAUUCAUUAUUUGUUUUAUACAACACCCGAGUAUAUCCUCUUCAUCUGAUAGGUCAUAUCCAGCCACCAAUUGUGUUACCGUGUGAUAGAACUUACAUUUUUGCAGUGCAGCUAGGCCAUGCAUUGGGACAAAUAAUUCAUUGACAAGUGAUCCAUGACCAAUGAAUCAGAUGACGGGAAUUUAUUCAGUGUUCGACUAUUGACUUGUUAUCGACUAUUGACUUGACUACAACUGUAUUAUAACUGACCACAAGUGUUUUUGGAGCUUGCUAGAAUUUAAUUAACUGAAAUCUGUAGUUAAAUUGUGAGCUUUUUGAGCUGAAAUCUUACAGGUUGCAUAUGUUCCUAGAUACGACUACAGUAUAUUGUUUUUCGCUGUUAAGUUCAUAAUGCCCCAUAUAUCGGUAAAAUAAUUGUCAAGUUUGACAUUAAGCAUAUUUUUACAUUGAUUGAUUAAAAAGUGCGUUUCAAAUGGAAAAUGCAGGCAUGAUUGAAAGAAAAAAGGAAAUUGUGGCUGGGGGUUUAAGUCUAUAAAAAAUCAAAUGACAAGUACGAUUUGUUUACAAGACUCAUUUAUUAUUGUAAAAAUAAAGGCAGCAUCAACAUGUAACAUCUGUAACAAUAUAAACUGAAGUCUGUUCUCUUGAUUUUUUGUCCAUGUUUGGAAUACCAGAUAAAAUACUGGUGCCCAUCAAAUUAAUUUUUUUUUCUCAAAAAUUGUCUUUACAACAUGUUCAUGAUCAGUAGUAUUAUUGGAGACAGUGUACACUGCUUAGACGUUUACUCACAUUUUUUUAAAUGAUUUAUCAAUUGUAAAGCGGUUCUUAUAAAUCACAGCUUGGAACUUCUAGUUUGGUUGACAGGCAGUAAUUAAAACAUUUAGGUGUCAUUUAAAAAAGAGUAAUACAUCAUAUGCAGUCCUCCAGAAACACAUCAAAACCAACGGCACAUACAUACGUGUAUGCAUGUACAUGUUAACUAAAUUUGAAAAAUCAUGUCAUCAGUACAUUGUACUCUUAAAGACAAUACAGCCAUGGGUAUGAAAAUACACAUGCAGAUGCCUUGCAGUUUCAUUUUUUAAUAGUACGAUAAGAAUUUAUUUUAAUAAAUGAUUCAAGUAGUUUAGAUUCAAUUCCCACCCGAUCACAUCAUCAGUACAUUGUACUCUUAAAGACAAUACAGCCAUGGGUAUGAAAAUACACAUGCAGAUGCCUUGCAGUUUCAUUUUUUAAUAGUACGAUAAGAACUUAUUUUAAUAAAUGAUUCAAGUAGUUUAGAUUCAAUUCCCACCCGAGUAAGUUAAGCUCUCAGAUAGCUCUGAAUAUAUGGUGCUUAUAUAAAAUUGCAUCAGUGAGGGCAGAAUUGACCUAUCGCGGUAGAAUCGCGUAAAAAUCGAGUCAACGCAGCUUGUGAAAUAUCGUCCAAUGACAUGAUAUACAAAAUGGACGCGGAACGCCCAACAUCUGAGACAAUAAAAGUCAGCGUACAAAAAUUACAUAGGGUUGUCCAAGGGGCAUAUCCAACUCGCAAACGGCGAUAGGUCAAUUCCCGUCCAUCAAAAUAAGACCUGCACACAUGUAUGAUCUUGUAAUGACUCUGUAAGACUGCCCAAAAGUUACUUGAAAGAAUUAUAAAUCCUUGAAAAAUUGUUCUUAAAAAUGAAAGAUUUUCAGAAAUGAUCUCCACUUGCCAUGUUUGCAGUUGUGCAAGUAAACAAACAACAUCCUUGUUCAACACAUACCCCUAACACCCACUUCUUGAUCUGUAAAAAAAUAUCAUCCUGUGUUAAACAAUGUUAAAUAUAACACAGAUACUCUGCAAAUUCAUCACUUUGCCUUAUUCAAAAUGUGCAACUUACGGUCGAUAAAUUGUGUCUGGUUUGAAAAUACCCUUUAUAUAACCUUACGACUAAUGUUAUGUAUUUUAACUGGAUAAGAUGAAAUAACAGAAUUGUCAUUUGAGUACUAAAUCAAAAAGCAUCAAAGGAAUGAAAGCUUUUUUGUUUAAUUCGCAUACAGUAGGCCUAUUCUUGCAAAUGCACUCUGUGAAUGAACUUUUCCAUUUUGAAACAACCUUCAUGUACCACAUAAAACAACGAAAGAAAUUUAGAUGAUAUGUUUAAAAUUAUCAUAAAAGUAAGUCCUUUCUAAUGAGCCAUCUGUAUGUAUGAAAGAAAAAGACACAUAUUCUGCAUUACAGGAAUGUGUUGUACAUGUAUGCAUUGUCAUAACUUCAGGUACAUAAUUAACCUCGGGUUCAGAUUCAGGAAUAUGUUGAUAAAGUGUACAAACCAUGGCUCUAAA